AUGGAGCAGCGCGCGGCGGCGAGCGUCCGCGCUUCCAUGGACUUCAACGGGCCGCUUAAUGCGCUGUCUACGUCUCCAAACAACCGCCUGAUAGCAGUAGGCGGUAGAGACGUGCUCAAGGUGGUGGCGCUUGAAGCCUCGGGAUUCACGGAGAAGCGGAACCUGCGCGUUGUGGGCAAGCCCAGUCUUAAUUUCAGCACCAACGACAUCCGCUGGCACCCACACUCGGACUAUUUACUGGCCACGGCGGCCACGAACGGUGCCGUGGUGAUCUGGAACUUGGAGCGAGACGGAUACAAACACGUUCAAGAGCGAGUGUUCAAUGGACAUCGACGUGCGGUGAAUCGCAUUUGCUGGCACACGUCGGACUGGAACGUGCUCAUUAGUGGCUCGCAGGACGGCACUGUGAAGUUGUGGGAUAAGCGUGGUGGGAAGGUCGUGUCGACAUAUCAGCCAAAGUCCGAAAGUGUACGCGACGUGCGUGCCAGUCCGUUCCAUUCCAACAAAUUCGCUGCUGCAUUUGAGAACGGCAUUGUUCAGGUGUGGGAUAUGCGCAAGAAUUCACAGGCAGAACUCAAGUUUACAGCACACAAAGGCUUGGUGUUAAGUAUUGACUGGCACCCGACGGACGCCAACGUUUUGGCUUCUGGUGGACGCGAUCGCUAUGUGAAAAUCUGGGAGUUGGGGGAUGUCCGACAGCCCAAACAAACGAUCCAGACCAUCGCGAGUGUGGGGCGAGUAGCCUGGCGACCAACUUGCGUCACGCAUAUCGCUACGAGCGCGUCGCUUAUGGACAAUAGCAUCCACGUGUGGGACACCAAGCGGCCAUUCAUCCCUGCAGCAUCCAUGAAAGGCCAUUCGGACAUUGCAUCGGGCAUUUCGUGGAUGGAUACACCCGUGUCACCGAAUUUCGGCCAACCAGAGAUUCCCGGAGAUUGGGAAGGUCACGACUACUGGCAACACAUGUUGGCAUGCUCGAAGGAUGGCACUCUCAAGUUGCAUUCGCUUGCGGACUCAUUUAAACCGCAUCAAUCAUUACCGACUACAGCUCUGGCGCUCAAUUCUAAGGGACGGGUCGCGUUUUCCCACGACUACAUCGAUCGAUCGUGUGCAUCUCUGAAGAUUCAUCGUCACUUUAGCUUGGGAAGUUCGCUGUUUACAGUCGCAGGGAUGUCAUCUUCCUCUCCAAGUCUCGGUCCCUCGAAUGGUGAUCGGAAACUGGGUGGGCCACUGACGAUGUCGCUAAGUCCGUACCACGGCAGCGUCGAUAGUCCGGAUGAUCCUCCUCUUGUGCCCAAAGGAUUGAACAGAUCGUCGGGUAGUAGUGCGAAUCUGACAAGCUUAUCCAGCGGAGCAUCGUCCAUGGGAACGAGUUUCAAGUCGGCAGGAGGAAGCAGCAGUCUCAACGCAGUAAGCGGCUUGGGAUCAGGUGGAAUCGCCCGAGCAUCAGGCCCUGCGUCUUCUUCUCAGCCGAACAUAUUGUCACUGCAGGGAAACAGUAGUGCAGCUGGAGGAAACGUGCAUUCCGACGGGAACUUUGUGUCUGUAUCCAACGCCUCAGCCUCGUUAGCGUCUGCAUCUCCUCGAACGCCAAUGAUGUCUGGCUCAAAUGUUCCACGUGCGCUAGUGGCGCUUGUGACGAUGCAGAACGUGAAUAACUCGCUCCAACUGGAGAGGAUAUUCUUGGGUGAUGAAAGCGAGUACGUGCACGCAGGGAAGCAAGUCGAAGCCAUGCGCGCUCAGUUCGAGCAAGGCCAGUACUUGAAGGAAUCAUUCGGGUUUGACGAGCACACGUUCCGGUUCUUAGCCAAGCACUACAUGUUAUUCCCCGAACGUGCCAGCAAUAAUUCAGGUACAGUGAGCUUUGCGCAAAUGUGUGCGCACAACGCGUUGGCAUCAUUUGUCACGGGCAAUUCGCACUUGUGUCAGAUGUGGCGUAUCCUGGAGGUUCUGUACACGAACGAGGAAGCAGAUACCGCAAAAAAUAAGCGCAAUGGAGAAACUCGUGAGCGUUCACGAAGUGACAGUAACCACGACGACCAAGCGGAUGACUAUGCGCAGAGAGACGACAGACAUGACAGCGGAGAGUUCAGUCAUGAUGGACACAGUCACACGACUCACGGGCAUAAGAACGCGAGCGAGACGACGAUGCUGUUGGAGCAACUUGACCACGUUAAUCCACAAGCCAUGGAAGGAUUCGACCCGUAUCCUUAUGAUCCUACGGGAAGACAUGCCAACGAGAACGGACGAGAAGCUGGAGAUCGCAGUGGAACGUCUGGAGUGACCAAUGUACGUGGGAACUCAUCGAUGAUCAUGAAUGGGAGUGCCGUCAUGGGUGAUCUGGGUCAUCUACGCGAUGACGUGCUAAAGGAAGUAUUGGAAUAUUACACGGAGAUCGGAGAUCUCCAGUCGUGUGUCGCUAUUACCGUUGUCGUGGGGAAGGUGACAAGUGUCGAGAAAGUCAUGGGCAAGGCCUGGCUGCAACACAUUUACAUGCACUACAUCGACCUUCUUCAUCAGCUUCAGAUCUACACGACAGCAAACGAAUUGGUCGUAAAUUGCUCGGACCAGUCCAUCCGACAAAUGAAUAUGAAAUCCACGAGCGUCUAUUUCAACUGUGCGCGAUGCUCCAAACCGCUCGAGUCUUCUGGUCCCAGCGAACUUGGCGUGCCAGUCUCACUCUGUACAAGUUGCAGCAAUGCUGCCACGCUCUGCUCUAUCUGCCAAUUGCCAGUCCGAGGUCUCUACGUUUGGUGUCCUGUGUGUGCACAUGGCGGUCACUUGGAUCACCUGACAGAAUGGUUCGCCCACGAGACAGUUUGCCCCACUGGCUGCUCUCACCACUGCUCGUUAAACUUCAUCGACGCUGGGAUGUGA